CGUCCCGGAGCCGCGGGGACCCUCCGGUGCGAAGGGAGCGGGCCGUGUUGGCCCCAGGCUGCUGCUGUGGGCACCAUGAGAGGGCUCUGGGCCCUCAUACUUGGGGGGCUCCUCAGUGCCUGCGAGGGGAAGGAGCUGCCAGCAGCAGAAGGGGAGCCAUGCCCACAGCUCUGGGAUGAAGAUCUGGUUGGGGACAAGUAUGAGAACAUCACAGGUUUUAACCUGAUCAAACGUUUCGACCUGCUGCAGAUCUCCUCUGUCAAGAAAAUCCGCAACCCAAGGGGACCAGUGGUGCUGAGGCUGGGUGCUGUGCCCCUGGUCCAGCCCACUCAGCAGGUGUUUCCCCACGGGCUGCCCCCUGCCUUCACCCUCAUCUUCACCUUGCUGCUGAAGAAGAACAGCACCGGGGAGCAGUGGUAUCUCUUCCAGGUCACCGACCGACAAGGCUACCCCCAGCUCUCCCUGGCUGUGCACGGCCCAGAGAAGAGCCUGGAGUUCCAGGCCCGGGCGCUGGGCACCGGCUUCGUCAGCGCCCUCUUCGCGGGCAAGGCUGUGGCGUCCCUCUUCGACGGGCGGUGGCACAAGGUGGUGGUGGCCCUGCAGAGCCAUGCCGUCUCCAUCCACCUCGACUGUGCCUCCAUCUUCUCCAAGCCCUUGGCACCUCGGAGGGCGCUGGUCCCGGAGGGCAACACCUUCCUGGGGCUGGAUGCUGUGCGUGGCACCCCGGUCCGGUUUGACCUCCAGCAAGCUCAGAUCUACUGCGACGCCGAGCUGGCCAGGCAAGAAGGGUGCUGUGAGAUCUCAACCAGUGGGUGCCUCAGCGAGGCACCCAAGACCCGGCGGCAGGCGGAGCUGAUGCAGAGCAGCAACCUCAUCGAGAUCUCCCCGCAGCCCGAGGGCAGGGUCUACACUCGCUGCUUCUGCCUGGAGGAGCCCCUGGGCAUGGAACCAGUGAAGAAGUCAGGGGGGCCUGGCCUGAAGGGAGACCGCGGGGAGAAGUGCCCACCCUGCUCAGCACAGAUGCCCUCAGCCAACGUCACACUCGGCCCCCCGGGCCCAAAGGGCGGCAAGGGGGAGCGUGGGCUGCCUGGCACCGCGGGUGGCAAGGGGGAGAAAGGCCAACGUGGAGCUGACUGUGUGAGAUCCCACCCUGGCGGUCCCAUAGAGUGUGCCGAGGGGCCGAGGGGUGAGAAGGGGCAGCGUGGAGAAGUGGGUCUCCCAGGAGCAGCUGGCACCGAUGGGCAGAAGGGCCAGAAGGGUGAGAAGGGCGAUGGAGGACUGCAGGGCAAGCCAGGGCGCCCGGGUCGUGACGGCCGGCCUGGAGAGAUUUGUGUGGUGGGCCCCAAGGGCCAGAAGGGUGACCCUGGCCUGGUGGGUCCUGAGGGGCUGGCUGGUGAGCCAGGACCCCCAGGGAAGCCAGGAGCUCCAGGCAUUGGCUUGCCAGGGAAGCCGGGUGACCCUGGUGGCCCCCCAGGUCCAAAGGGAGAAAAGGGCAGCUCAGGAGCUCCAGGACCUGGAGGAUCGCCUGGCACACCGGGCCCCCCCGGCAUGCUGGGGCCAAAAGGAGACAAGGGUGAGCCGUGUGAGGCGUGCCCCACGCUCUCUGAGGGGAGCCUGGGUGCCAUCGGGCUGCCUGGCACGCCGGGAGCCAGGGGGGAGCCCGGACCGCCUGGCGUGGACGGGGUCUCGGACAGACCUGGCCCCGCGGGACCCAAAGGGGACAGGGGGGACUCCUGCCUGUCCUGCGAUGCCCGCGCCCUGGCGGCGCUGCUGCGGGCACCCAGCGAGGGGCUGGGGGGCGACCCAGCUCCGGCGCCGCUGGGGGAUGGUGGCCAGGAAGGACCCAUGGGCAGACCGGGACUGCCAGGAGUCAAAGGUGACCCAGGGGUGCAGGGGCUCAAAGGAGACAAGGCCCUCGAAGGGGCAGCGACAGUGCUGGCUGUGCCAGGACCCCCGGGGGAGAGAGGCCUGGGUGGCCCCCCGGGCAAAGUGGGCAGACCUGGUGCCGCUGGCCAGAAGGGACAGAAGGGGGAUGCAGGCAGCCCUGGGGAUCCGGGCACCCCGGGCAUGGCUGGUGCCCCGGGGCUCUCGGGUGAGCCUGGCAUCAGGGGGCCAGCUGGUCCCAAAGGAGAGAAGGGGGAUGCCUGUGUGCCCAGUCCUGCUCCUCACGGGGACGUCUCAGCCGUGGUUGGCAUCCCAGGAGAGCCUGGGGCCAAAGGGGACCAGGGCCCCCCGGGCAUCGGCCAGCCGGGCAGACCCGGGAAGCCAGGACUGCCCGGGGUUCAGGGCCCCCCCGGACUGAAGGGGCUGCAGGGUGAGCCAGGACUGCAGGGCAUUGGCCAGCCAGGACCACAGGGGGAGCCCGGGAGCAGGGGACCACCAGGGCCACCUGGCCCUCCCGGACGCCAGGGCCCCCCAGGGAUGGCAGCAGAGAAAGGUGCCAAGGGAUCUCCGGGACCCAAAGGUGCCACAGGACCCCCUGGGCCGCCAGGACCCAGUGCCACAGGGCCCCCGGGCCCCGCAGGGCAGCAGGGCCUUCCCGGGGUGCCUGGGUCCAGCGGGCAGCCGGGGGAGAAGGGUGCCCAGGGGGAGAAGGGAGACCCUGGGGAGUGUGCCUGCCCGGCUGGCCCCCGCCAGGACCCCACCUAUGCUGGGAUGCCAGGAGCCCCAGGACUGUGGACUGGCAUCACCUGGCAGCCACAACCGGGUCCACAGGGUCCCCCCGGAGCCCCUGGCCCCCCAGGUCCCCCCGGUGCCCCGGGCCGCCAGGGGAUGCCAGGGCACAACGGUUUGCCAGGACUGCCUGGACCAGCUGGAGACUUGGGGACCCCGAGCCCCCCAGGGUGCCCCUGACUCCCUCUUUCUUCCCAGACCCUCUGUGGGGACUGUGCCCAGCUGCAGGCAGCCCUUGAGGCACCCAGAGGUGUCAAGGGGGAGAAGGGGGAUGGGGGCAUGCCAGGAGCCCCUGGCAGCGAGAACUGCGCCCAGUGCUUUGCCCAGUUCCCAAGAGAGGAGGAGGCUCGGGGUGACAGCCCUGACCCAGGCUGUGCAGGCGACCCUGGGCUGCCAGGGGCUCCGGGCAUCCCUGGCGAGAGAGGCGAGCAGGGCUCACCUGGACUGCGAGGACCCCCAGGGCCACCCGGGCCCAUCGGCCCUCCAGGCUUUCCUGGAACGCCCGGCGCGCCCGGACUGCCCGGCCUGCAGGGGGAUCGUGGUCCUGCUGGGCUUGCUGGAGCCAAAGGGGAGCCGGGCCCUCCCGGGCAGCCUGGCUACCCCGGUGCCACGGGGCCCCCCGGCCUUCCCGGCAUCAAAGGUGAGCGAGGCUACAUGGGCCCCCCCGGGGAGAAAGGGGAGCUGGGCCCCCCCGGCCUGGAUGGGCUCCCCGGCCCCACGGGGCCAGCGGGACCUAGGGGUGAACGAGGGCUCCCAGGCAAUGCUGGAGAGAAAGGGGAGCAGGGUUUCCAGGGCCAGCCUGGCUUCCCAGGACCACCAGGACCCCCAGGCUUCCCGGGGAAGGUUGGUCCAGCUGGGCCACCAGGACCUGCAGCUGAGAAGGGCAGUGAGGGCAUGCGUGGCCCCUCAGGGAUGCCAGGGCCCCCUGGACCCCCUGGACCUCCAGGCAUCCAGGGCCCUGCUGGCUUGGAAGGACUGGAUGGCAAGGAUGGCAAACCUGGGCUGCGGGGUGACCCUGGCCCCCCUGGGCCACCAGGGAUGAUGGGGCCUCCGGGCUUCAAGGGGAAGACAGGGCACCCAGGUCUGCCAGGCCCGAAGGGUGACUGUGGCAAGCCUGGCCCCCCAGGCAGCACAGGGCGUCCAGGAGCAGAGGGUGACCCUGGACCCAUGGGACCCCAAGGCCGGCAAGGACCCCCAGGGCUCAUUGGACCCCCGGGCAGCCCAGGGCAGCCAGGUCCCGCUGGCAUGGCUGGAGUGGGGCUGAAGGGCGAGCGUGGCUCCAUGGGUGAGAGAGGUCUGCCAGGCAUGCCAGGGCAGCCAGGACCCCCGGGCCACCCGGGACCACCGGGGGAGCAGGGACCAGAUGGACCAGUUGGCAAAGAGGGUCCCCCAGGAAAGCCUGGCACCGCAGGACCCGCUGGCCAGAAGGGUGAAGCUGGAUCCCCCGGAGAGAGAGGUUACCCUGGGGAGAAGGGCAGAGCUGGCAUGCCAGGGGGCCCAGGGAAGAGCGGCUCCAUGGGCCUGGUGGGGCCGAGGGGACCUGCAGGAGAGAGGGGACCCCCCGGCUCCCCGGGACCCGCGGGCAGCCCCGGGCUGCCAGGCCCCCCGGGGAUGAUGGGGGACCUGGUGAAUUACGACGAGAUCAAGAGGUUCAUCCGGCAGGAGCUGAACAAGAUGUUCGAUGAGCGCAUGGCCUACUACACCUCCCGCCUGCAAUUCCCGGUGGAGAUGGUGGCAUCGCCAGGGAGACCUGGACCCCCAGGGAAGGAUGGGCUGCCCGGCCGGCCGGGACCCCCCGGCUCCCCGGGGAUGCCAGGGCAGAUUGGCAGAGAAGGGCGGCAGGGCGUGCCGGGCAUGCGGGGUGAGCCUGGUGCCAAAGGAGAGAAGGGCGAGAAGGGCAUUGGGCUGAUGGGGGACAGCGGCCCCCCGGGACCCCCAGGUCCUCAAGGGCCACCAGGCUACGGGAAGAUGGGACCCCCAGGCCCCGUGGGCCAGCAGGGCAUCCCCGGCAUCCCCGGCCCGCCGGGCGCCACGGGGCAGCCGGGCAAGACGGGACACUGCAGCCCGGCAGAGUGCCUGGGUGCCGUGCCCCUGGAGCAGCCUCUCUUCCAGCCCAAGAACGUCAAGGGUCCCUUCGGCUGA